UUUAAUGCGCUUCUUGGAGGAAUUGGAAGGUGGAGGUUCGGGCGGCGACCCCGUUACGGCAGAUAUAACAUUUGAAGAAGGGUACGCAAAGGUUGAAAUUUAUCGAACCUAUUUGAGCAAACUGUCGAUCAUGCUUGACAUUGAGCACUAUUUAGUGGGUCAGUUAGUGCAAUCGUCAUGCAGGAAAGCUAUUAGUGACGCGUUGAACAACAUGAUACAAGCAGUGGCAAACCGGCUGGUCUCACAGCACAUGUGGUUGAACGAGGACAUCUGUGAACAAUUUGAAAUGAUCAAAAUUCGCGCACUUGGCGUGCCAGAAACUGCCGAGGAGUUAAUCGAACAAAGCGCUUUUAUGGUAUGGGCGUCCAAUGAGCAUAUAAGCGAGCUCAGAGAACGCAUCCAGUAUUCCAUAACCGUUAUCUGCAAUCUUGUCGAAAUGACAACUCUAACCAAUGAGCACAUCGACCUCAAUUCCAGAACCAUAGCUUGGCUUACGGAUAUUAAACCAAUUUUGGAAAAAAAUUCCGCGCUGUUCGAAACGAGUAAGUUUGAUUUUGAAGAACAGCUCCAACAAUCCAUUGGCAAAUUGUAUAACGAGAUCGAGGACUUUUUACCGCUGCUGAUAACUGUCAAUUCCAUGAACGACGUGUCCAACUGCAAGGAGUAUAUCCAAGCAAUGUCUCCUCUAAUGUCCAAAGUGCAAGAGAUGGAAAAUCUUUUGACUUGGAUCAAUAAGGAGGAAACGGUUUUUAAGUUUCCCCUCACCACCUGCCCCGAUCUGAAAGAAAUUAAGCUUUUUUUACAUCCCUUUUAUCAUCUUGUAAGGGUCUGCUUCGGAAUUAUCCGAAGUAUGGACACUUGGAUGUACGGUCCAUUCGAAUACUUAGAUUACUCACUUGCCGAAGCUAAACUGGACGAGAGCUUUAAAGAGCUAUCAACAACUCAAAAGUAUUACAAAACCAAAAUCAAGCAAGGAACGCAAGAAACUUCGCGACUGAAGUUCGAAGGUGUCCCAGACGAUCCGGAUCCCUUACUGCACCCCUCUCCCAUGAGAUUGUGCGCCCAAACUAUGCAAAUGAUCAAUGAUUUCAAGCCCGCCUUAAAUAUGAUGAACAUCAUGUGCAACGAGGCGAUGUUGCAAAGGCACUGGGACGAAAUGUCGGAGAUCGCCGGUUUUGAUCUAACCCCCGACGCAGGUACGACAUUGGCCAAGCUGAUGAAAUUGGGGAUCACGUCGGAUAUCGACAAAUACGAGAUCAUUAGCAGCGGCGCAAUUAAAGAAAGGCAACUUCUGCACAAUCUCUUGAAGAUGCAGGAUGAAUGGGAUACUGUCCUGUUCAAGACUUGCGUCUUUAAAGAUACAGAAAUGCACAUCUUGAGUGCACCAGACGACAUACAGGCGGUGUUGGAUGAGCAUAUCGUAAAGACACUCACUAUGAGAGGUUCGGUCUUUGUCAAGCCUUACGUGAGCGAAGUAGGGAGUUGGUACGCUAAAAUCACGCGCAUCAACGCAACUCUCGACGAGUGGCGUAAAGUGCAAGCCCAGUGGUUGUACUUGUUGCCAAUUUUUUCUUCAAAGGACAUCGUAAGCCAAAUGCCCGAAGAAGAACAAAUGUUUAAGGAAGUCGACGGCGUUUACCGACGAUACAUCGACCUGAUCAUGGACGAGCCGAAAGUAAUCAUCAGCGCUUCACAUCCGAACCUCUUGGAAAACCUGAAGAAUUGUAGCGAUUUGCUCGAGAGAAUCAAUGAGGGGGUCUCAUAUUACCUCGAGAGGAAAAGGCUGUACUUUCCCCGAUUCUUUUUCUUGUCGAAUGACGAGAUGUUGGAAAUUCUGUCGGAAACCAAAGAUCCGUUGCGCGUGCAGCCUCACCUGAGGAAGUGCUUCGAGGGAAUUCAAACGUUGGCGUUUGAUGAUUGUCUGAAUAUACACGCUAUGGUGAGCCGCGAAGGCGAGAAAGUUAAUUUUCUAAAAGUGAUCGAUACUGUAGCCGCAAGGGGAAGCGUCGAGAAAUGGCUGCUUCAAGUGGAGGAGGAAAUGGUCGCAGCUGUCAGUCAUCAGAUUGCUUUAGGCCGUGCGGCCUAUGCGGAAACCAACAGGACAGAGUGGAUUACAUUAUGGCCUGGUCAGGUGAUUCUCGCAGUUUCUCAGAUGUAUUGGACCAUGAAUGUGCAUCGUACGUUGAGUUCCGACAGUAGAAGUGUAUUCGCGGAUUUUUUGCAGCAACUUGACGAAGCUUUAAAUGACGUUGUCGCACUAAUUCGCAGUGAAUCGCUGUCGAACUUGGCUCGAAUUACUAUAAAAGCAUUAAUUGUAAUGGAUGUCCACGCAAAGGAUGUCACUCGAUCUUUAUUUGACAACAAUGUCAAGAGUGCUACCGAGUUCAAAUGGUUGGCCCAACUCCGAUAUUACUGGGAGGAAAGGUGUGCGGUUCGGAUCAUAAAUGCGACUGUAAAAUAUGCUAACGAGUAUUUGGGAAAUAGUGAUCGUCUGGUAAUAACCCCAUUAACCGAUAGAUGUUAUCACACCCUUAUCGGUGCGUACCACUUGCACCUCAAUGGCGCCCCUGAAGGUCCCUCUGGUACCGGUAAAACGGAAACGACAAAAGAUUUGGCCAAAGCUGUAGCUGUUCAAUGUAUAGUGUUUAAUUGCUCCAACGGUUUGGAUUAUAAAGCUAUGGGCAAAUUUUUAAAAGGACUGGCGUCAUCGGGCGCGUGGGUUUGUUUUGACGAAUUUAACAGAAUAGACGUUGGAGUACUGUCGGUGGUUGCCCAACAAAUACUUUGCAUUGUUUUGGCUGUUCGAUCGCAUGUUGAUAAGUUUAUGUUUGAAGGAACUGAACUCUGUCUGAAUCCUACUUGUUACGUGUGCAUCACUAUGAGUACUGGAUACGCGGGACGCUCCGAGCUGCCCGAUAAUCUAAAGGUGCUAUUUCGCACCGUCGCGAUGAUGGUGCCGGAUUACGCCAUGAUUAGUGAAAUCUCGUUGUACUCGUAUGGAUUUGCAGACGCUAGAAAUCUGUCGGUUAAAAUCGUAACCGUCUUUCGAUUAUGCUCGGAGAUGUUGUCAUCGCAGUACCACUACGACUUCGGAAUGAGAACCAUCAAAUCAGUACUCUCCGCUUGCGGUAACAAGAAACACAAAUAUCCCCACGAAAAUGAAGAUAUACUCUUGCUCAGAUCCAUUCUGGAUAUAAACUUGCCAAAGUUUCUCCAACAUGACGUUCCUCUGUUCGAGGGGAUUAUUUCGGAUUUGUUCCCAGGAGUUGCUUUACCCAAAGUCGAUUACGCGAGAUUUGUUGAAGCUAUAGACGUAAGUUGUAAACGAAGAAAUCUACAAGUGAAAGAAUGCGUAACUCUGAAGAUCAUCCAAACUUACGAAAUGAUGAUUUUGUGUCAUGGUUUUAUGUUGGUGGGGAACCCGUUCGCUGGAAAAACUACGACCUUAAAGGUCUUGGCGGACUCUCUCACGUCACUGUCAAACACUGAUGAAAACCAAGUGCCUGUGAAGCAUCAGUUUAUUAAUCCCAAAUCGGUUAGUAUGGGUCAGUUGUUCGGUCAGUUUGAUCCAAUUUCGUACGAAUGGAUCGAUGGGAUCGUGGCAACUUGUUUUCGUAAUUUCGUAAUGGACACGUCACGAGAUCGAAAGUGGAUCAUCUUCGAUGGGCCGGUCGAUACGGUUUGGAUCGAGAAUUUGAAUACAGUCAUGGAUGAUAACAAAAAAUUGUGCUUGAUGUCUGGAGAGGUUAUAGCCAUGACCAACGACAUGUCAAUGAUUUUUGAGGUAAUGGAUUUGUGCCAAGCGUCUCCAGCAACGGUGUCACGUUGCGGAAUGAUCUAUAUGGAAUCCACCACGCUGGGUUGGCGAUCCCACGUGGAAUCGUGGCUCCCUCUUUGCAGCGAUGAGUGGAUGAGGUCAAACGAGGAUUACAUUUUGACUUUAUUCGACUGGAUCGUACCCCCUUCUCUGAGCUACAUCAGAAAACAUUGCAAACAGCUGUGCAGUGCGAGCGAAAUAAGUUUAUUAAGGAAUAUGAUGCAAGUUAUCCAGAUGGUAAUCACCGAUGCUGUACACGACCCAUCUAAAAAGGAAGAGGACUCGAAAUACAUUCACAGUUGGAUUCAAGGAUCCUUUAUGAUGGGACUGGCGUGGGGGUUGGGGUCAAUUUUGGACACCCCAUCACGCUACAAGUUUGACGAGUUCUUCAAGUCCAUUUUCAAAGACGCCGAAGCCCCGAUUCCUCCACUAAUAGAAAAAUUGGAAGUCUCUAUACCAAGCGAGGGAAUUAUUUUUGACUACUGCUUCGUUUUUAAAAGUAAGGGAUCUUGGAAGUACUGGCCGGAUGUCAUCAAAACCAUGAAAGUCGACGAAGCUAAGGACAUCCACCAAGUUUUAAUUCCGACUGUGGACACCGUCAAAUACAUGUACAUGAUUGAUCUUCACAUCAAGUAUAGCUUUCCGAUUUUGUUGAUAGGUCCUUCCGGAACCGGAAAAAGUUUCUACGUUCAGGAUUUACUGAUGAAUAGAUUAGACCAAGAGAAAUAUGAGCCCGCGUUUAUCACUUUCACUGUUAAGCUUUCGGCAGCGCAAACACAAGAGUUGAUCAUAUCCAAGCUAACCAAGCGAAAGCGCGGACAUUACGGACCAUCGGCAGGAAAAUCAUUCGUGAUGUUUGUAGACGAUCUCAACAUGCCUGUAAAGGAAACGUACGGUUCCCAACCACCCAUCGAAUUACUCAGGCAGUACUUUGACCACAAGCAUUGGUACAAUCUCAAAGACACUUCCCCUAUUUAUUUGCACGAGAUUUUCAUCAUGGCGGCUAUGGGACUUCCGGGGGGCAGCCGGCAAGAGGUUUCCCCAAGGUUUCUGCGUCAUUUUAGUAUUUUUUCGAUUAACGAAUUUUCCGAUGAAACCAUGUGUAAAAUAUAUUCUAACGUACUUUCUCUUGGAUGGAAAAACAACGGCUUUCCCAGUGACACCGUGAACAUUGUCCAACAGUUGGUAAACGCCACCAUAGACAUCUACAAGGCUUCCAUCCACUUCCUGCUGCCGACACCAGCGAAAAGCCAUUACGUAUUUACUUUGCGUGACUUUUCGCGUAUUAUCUACGGAUGCGCGAUGCUAAGGAAAGACUCGUCAGACAACAAGACGAUUUUUCCCAAAGUUUGGGCUCACGAAGUACUACGCGUGAUACAUGACAGAUUGAUAGACGGCGGUGACAAGCAUUGGUUGUUUAACAAAAUCAAAUUUUCCAUCCCGAACUUCUUCAAGGAGCAGUUUGAGAAGGUUUUCGAAAAUUUUCAAAAUGAAGAUGGCACCGUGACCGAAGAAUCAUUGCAACGAUUACUAUUUGGAACAUAUUUAGCCACAGAUAGCAGCGAAGACGAAGUUAAAUAUGAAGAGAUUACAAACCUUGAAGAAUUUCGAACUGUCGCAGAAAAUUGUUUAGAAGAGUACAACUCGAAGCAUAAGAACAAAAUGGACGUUGUUCUAUUCCAGUACGCCUUAGAGCACAUGUCCAGAAUGUGUCGAAUAUUAGCGAUGCCAAGAGGAAGUGCUUUGCUGGUGGGGAUUAGCGGAUCUGGGCGACAGUCACUCACUAAGUUAGCCACCAUCAUAACUGGCCAUUCCGUUUUUCAACCGGAGAUCACGAAGAAUUAUGGAAUGAACGAAUGGCGCGAAGAGAUCAAGCAGAUUGUGAAAGAGGCUGGUGGAAGGGGGAAAAAUACUCUGUUUCUGAUCACAGAAAGCCAAAUAAAGGACGAAGAAUUUCUGCAAGAUGUCGAUUGCUUACUAAAUACGGGUGAAGUUCCGAAUCUAUUUCAGGUCGAGGAGAAACAGGAAAUUAUGGAAUUGUGUCGUUUAGAAGCACAAGGGGGGAACAGAAACAUUGACAUAAGUCCAUUGGCCGUCUUUAGUUUCUUCAUCAAGCGUACGCGCGAGAAGCUUCACUUGGUGCUGUGCUUUAGUCCAAUUGGUUCGACGUUUAGGCUUCGAUUGCGGCUAUUUCCGUCGCUUAUUAAUUGCUGCACAAUUGACUGGUUUGAAGAUUGGCCCGAAGAUGCACUAGAACAGGUUGCCGAAACUUGGAUAACAGAUGUGAAUUUAGAUGCCGACAUUAAAGCUGCGGCAAUAGCGACAUGUAAAUAUUUUCAUGUGUACGCAAGAAAGAUUUCAGUUGCGUUUUUUGCGGAAACUUUUCGAAAUACAUACGUCACCUCCGCAUCGUACUUGGAACUCAUAAAAAUAUUUGCGGAUUUAACGACACAAAAGCAAAGUGAGCUGUUGGCCGCCAAAAAUCGUUACAUGGUGGGUUUGGAAAAAUUACAGUUUGCUGCGGAUCAAAUCCUCGAGAUGCAACUCAAUCUUGAAGCUUUCCAGCCCGAACUGGAAACUAUGAGCCAAAAAGCGACCGCGAUGAUGGAGCAGAUCGCGAGGGAAACCUUUGAGGUAGAGAGAGCGUCGGCUUUAGUAAGGAGGGACGAAGAAGUUUCGAACGCCCAAGCCGCUGGUGCGCAGGCUUUAAAAGCGGAGUGCGAAGCCGAUCUGGCCUUUGCCAUACCAAUCUUAGAAGAAGCUAUAGAAGCGUUAAAUACCCUAAAACCUACAGACAUAACCUUGGUCAAGUCCAUGAAGAAUCCUCCAGAACCCAUUAAGUUGGUGAUGGCGGCAGUGUGCGUUAUCAAGGAUGUCAAACCUGAUCGCUUACCUGAUCCUUCAACCGGUAGAAAAAUAAUAGAUUACUGGGGACCGAGCAAGAGAAUUUUGGGGGACAUGAAUUUUCUUCAAUCCUUAAAAGAUUUCGACAAGGAUAAUAUUAGAAUCGAAAUAAUGGUCAAGAUAAGGAAGGACUAUUUGCCGCAUAAAGAUUUUAAACCGCAUGUCGUUGCGAAAGCGUCGAGUGCCGCCGAGGGUUUGUGCAAGUGGAUAAUAGCAAUGGACAUGUACGAUAAGGUGGCGCGGGAAGUUGCACCGAAGAAGGCGAAACUAGAGGAAGCCGAAAGGGAAUAUGCCGCGACCAUGGCCGUACUGCUUGAAAAAAAGUCCGAAGUUGCUAAAUUGGAACAAAAGUUGGCAGACCUUAAUGUGCUUUUUAAGGACGCAACCGAGAAAAAGGAAAGUCUUCAGGAGCGAGUUGAUGUGUGCGGGGAAAAGCUGGGUAGGGCGCGAAAGUUGAUUGGGGGUUUGGGUGGAGAAAAAACCAGGUGGGGUGUUACAGCCGAUCAUCUACAAGCGUUGUACGACUGUCUUGUUGGUGACGUUCUUAUAUCGAGUGGAGUGAUAGCGUAUUUGUCCUCAUUUACUAUGAAAUGGCGCAACGAGGCUGUAGCGGAUUGGUUAAUUUUUUUAGAAAAGACGGAUGUCCCUGUCACUGCGACGUACGACUUUACAAGAACCCUGGGUGGCGAAGCCAAAAUUCAAGAUUGGUACAUUUCCGGAUUACCUCGCGACGCUUUUUCAAUGGAAAACGCAAUCAUACAGGAGAAUUCGAAACGUUGGUCUUUGUUGAUUGAUCCACAGUCCCAAGCCAACUUGUGGAUCAAAAAGAUGGAGAGGAAGAACGAUAUUCGAGUAACCAAAUUUUCUGACAGUAAUUACAUGAAGGUGUUAGAAUUUUGCAUUGAAUCAGGAAAGCCAGCCCUGAUUGAAAACAUUCGUGAAGAUUUAGAGGCUCCUUUAGAUUCACUUUUGUACAAGACCAAAGGUGCCUUAAAUGUCAUCGCACUUGGUGAUCACGUUAUAACGUGCCAUGAAAACUUUAAGUUGUAUCUCACGAGCAAGAUGAGAAACCCGCACUAUCCUCCGGAGGUAUUUAACAAAGUUACCAUCAUAAACUUUGCCCUUAUGACUGUUGCUUUGGAAGAUCGGCUUUUAGGAAUCGUGGUAGCUAAGGAGCGUCCAGAUCUACAGCGAAAACGAGAAGAAUUAAUAGUGGAAAGUAUGAAGAACAAGGCCGCCCUCAUGAAUCUAGAGGAGAUGAUCCUUACAACAUUGUCUGAAUCCAAAGGCGAUAUUUUGGAUGAUGAAAAUGCCAUCAAAAUUUUGGAUCAAACCAAAACCGUUUCGAAUGACGUUGUAAACAAACAGACCCUCACAAAAGAAACCGAAGCACAAAUCGAACAUUGUCAACUAGACUAUAAACCAGUUGCUACGCACUCCACCGGGUUGUAUAAUUGCAUUUCGGAUCUUCCAAGCAUCGAUCCAAUGUACCAAUAUUCACUGGGGUGGUUCAUAAAUUUGUACGUAAACUCAAUCGAUGCAGCUGGUAAAUCUCGUGACUUACACAGGCGGAUAUUAUAUCUGCAGGACAACUUCACCUAUAAUUUAUAUACAAACGUUUGCCGAUCACUCUUCGAAAAAGACAAACUUAUGUUUUCCUUUCUACUCUGUGUGAAGAUUAUGUUGCUCAAAAACAAAAUAAGCGAGGCAGAGUACGCGUUUUUAAUCACCGGUGGAGUAGACUUGGAAAAUCUCAUUCCCAACCCGUCUCCUGACUGGCUCAGCUCUAAAUCGUGGAAUGAGAUCUGUCGUUUAGAUAACGUGACCGUAUUUGGAGGCCUUCAGCAUUCAUUUACCAAAUACCCAAACGAAUGGAAGACUUUUCAUGAUUUGCUAGAACCUCAGGACUCCCACCUGCCCGCGAAGUGGGAUUCAAAACUAACAACCUUCCAAAAACUGUUAGUAAUUCGCGUACUGCGACCAGAUAAAAUUACCGUGUGCAUUUCGAAGUAUGUAUUGGAAGAAAUGGGAACGAAAUUUACGAUCCCUCCUCCUUUCGAUAUUGCGAAGUCGUUCGAACAGUCCAACUGUUUAUGCCCACUCGUGUUCGUAUUAUCUUCGGGUACAGACCCGAUGGCGUCCCUACAGAAAUUUGCCGAGGUGAAGGGAUAUGCCGAUAAAUUUCGCUGCAUUUCCUUGGGCGAAGGAGGAGGCGCACUAGCUCAAGCGCUUAUCGAGCAAGGGAAGGAUGAGGGAAGUUGGGUUUGUCUGCAGAAUUGCCACCUCGCGUUGUCGUGGAUGAACUCUUUGGAACAACUUUGGGAAGGUUUGGACACUUCGAAUACUCACCUCAAUUUUCGUUUAUGGCUGACGAGUUACCCUUCAGAUAAAUUUCCGGUUUCCAUUCUACAAAAUGGCGUAAAGAUGACGAACGAGCCACCUGCUGGGCUUCAGCAGAACUUAUUACGAUCGUACAUAAAUGAACCUGUAAAAAACGAAGUAUUCUACACUGGUUGUCCCGGGAGAGAUCUAAUGUUUGCCAGGUUGCUUUACGGCAUCGCCUUUUUUCACGCGGUUAUUCAAGAACGUAGAAGCUACGGCCCUCUGGGUUGGAACAUACCGUACUGCUUUAACGAUUCCGAUUUCGAUAUAUCAGUACAGCAGCUGCAGAUGUUCAUCAACGAAUAUCACCAUAAUCCCUACGAGGGUAUCUCUUAUUUGACGGGAGAAUGCAAUUACGGUGGGAGGGUGACAGAUGACUGGGACCGUCGGCUUUUAGUGACGCUAUUAGAGCACUAUCUAAAUCCGGAAGUUGUGAUGAAAUUGGAUUAUUCCUUUUCUGAGAUUGCGAACUAUUACAACAUUCCGAGAAAAGCGAAUUACGACGGUUUCGUUAAGCACAUCGUGUCUUUGCCUCAAUUUCACCCUCCGGAAGUGUUCGGUUUGCAUCACAACGCCGGCAUAAGUAGAGAUCUUCAAGUUUCCAAUUCGCUGUUAAACUCCUUGGUUUUGCUGCAGGGAGAGAAGAAUUCCCACGGCGACGAUGGAGAGCAGUUUUUGAAUUUGAUCGUUUCGGAUAUACUCGAAAAGGUACCGGAUAACUUCGACUUGGAGGAAGCCCAGUUGAGGUAUCCCGUUCGUUAUGAGGAAUCGAUGAACGCGGUGCUCGUACAAGAAAUGGUACGUUUCUCCAAAUUGUUGAACGAAAUUCGCAGCUCUUUACUUACCAUUCAGAAAGCGAAUGAAGGACUUGUUGUCAUGACUCCUGACCUGGAGGUUUUUCAAAACGAACUACGUUUAGGGAGAAUCCCAACUGCAUGGGCCAAGGUGUCUUAUCCCAGUUUGAAAUCAUUACCCGAUUAUAUAGCCGAUUUCGUUGAACGCAUCAACUUCUUAGAGAAAUGGUCUGUGAACGGUAAACCGAACAAUUUUUGGAUUUCCGGUUUCUUCUUUAUCCAGGCGUUUUUGACCGGUGCGAAGCAGAACUACGCCCGCAAGUAUACAAAGACAAUCGAUCAAUUAAAAUUUGACUUCAAGAUUUUAAAAGUGGACUCUACGAAUACGGCACCCCAUGACGGCAUUUACGUGUAUGGCUUAUAUACAGAUGGUGCCAGAUGGGAUCGCGACCAUGGCGUUUUAGCCGAACUACACCUGAAAGUUUUUCACGACUACAUGCCCUUAAUUUGGUUGAUACCAGUUAUGGUAUCGGACUAUGAUGAAACUGGAAGAUAUAAGUGUCCUCUAUAUAAGACAUCCGAGAGAAGAGGAGUGCUUUCGACAACAGGGCAUUCGACUAAUUACGUGUUACCGUUUCUCCUAAAUACUGACAUAAAUCCUUCCCAUUGGAUUAAGCGGAGUGUUGCCUUAUUGUGCCAGCUUGAUUAA